GUAUAUAUAGAUGCCCUCUUAAACCCUAACCCCUAAAACCACUGUUCUGCCUUCGCCAUCGGCAUCGACCUAAAACCACUGUUCUACCUCCGCGCCUCCGCCAUCGCCGUUACCAACGCCAACAUGGCCUCAGCCGCUGACGGCGGAGAAAAAUCUGCUGGCUUGGAGGCUCUUCACCGGCUCGAAUCCACAGAGGCGCCGCUCUAUUUAACACCAUCGCCGGAGCUGUCGAAGGCUGCUCGUUUAGCAUUGGAGUGCUUGUUCGCCUCCCUCAAUCCUUAUGUUCCUAAACCUCUAUUGAGUCGCCUCUCGACGGAAGGUUUCGAUGCAGAGCAGAUAUGGCAGCAAAUUGACCUCCAAGCCCAGCCCCUGCUCUCCUCCCUCCGCCGCCAAAUCAGGAAUUUCGAGAAGAACCCAUCAGAAAUCGAAAAUCAAUUCAAUUGUGACAGAGAUGGUGUAAAAGAAGACAAUUUGCGUGAAGAUGGGAAAAAUAAAGAAAACGGUGGCGUAGAAAGUGAAAGUGAGGAUUUUGAUGAUGAUGAUGUUGAUGAGGAUGAGGAAGAGGAAGAGGAUGAAGAUGAAGAUGAAGAGGAAGGGGAUGAAGAUGAGGAUGACGAGCAUGACGAGGGAGAAAAUGUGAAGGGAGUAGAGGAUAAGUUUCUGAAGAUAAAGGAAUUGGAGGAGUAUUUGGUGGAAGACGAGGAAAGGGAAUAUGGUAUAAAGAAGGAGAAGAAGAAUAAGAGGAAGAUAGGUAAAAUUGCAGAUGAGGACGAGGAAUAUGAAAAUGAAGAAGGCGACGAAGAUGAUGAGGAUGAUGAGCUUGGAUUUAUGGGGCUCGAAGAUGAUGCUGAUGAUGGGAGUGACAUGGAGAAUGCAAGGUAUGGCGACUUCUUCACUUCUCAAAAGAAAACCAGCCAGAAAAAAAAACCCCAGUAUGAUGAUGAAUUAGAUGACAUGGAUAUGGAUGAACCUGAAAAUGAUGAUAGCGAUCAGAAUGAACAAAGUCCUCCGACCCAUGGAAAAGAGCUAGGGCAACUCCGUGCUAAGGUAGAAGAGCUGGAAAAGGCAAAUAUGCAGGGCAAGACGAAACAAAGUCUUUCUACCCAUGAAAAAGAGCUAGAGAAACUUCUUGCUGAGAUAGUUGAAAUGGAAAGAGCGAACUUGGAACCAAAGACAUGGACAAUGCAGGGCGAGGUCACUGCUGCUAAAAGACCAAAAAAUAGUGCUUUGGAGGUUGAUAUGGAUUUUGACCAAAAUGUGAGACCUCCUCCAGUUACAACAGUGGAGGAUACUGCGUCUCUUGAAGAAUUAAUUAUGAAACGUAUAAUAGAGGGCCAAUUUGAUGAUGUCCAGAGGCCACCUACUUUAUUAAACAAGGCACCAAAAGAGAGAAAAGAGAUGGACGAAAGUAAGAGCAAAAAGGGCCUUGCUGAACUUUAUGAGGACGAGUAUGCUCAGAAGACUGGCCUUGUGUCUACUGCAUUGUCUUUCUCAGAUGAACAAAAGAAAGAAGCAAGUAUGCUGUUCAAAACUCUCUGUCUGAAGUUGGAUGCUCUAUCUCAUUUCCAUUUCUGUCCGAAACCGGUUAUUGAAGACAUGUCCAUACAAGCAAAUGUCCCUGCUCUGGCAAUGGAAGAGGUUGCACCUCUGGCCGUGUCUGAUGCAGCUAUGCUAGCUCCUGAAGAAGUAUUUUCUGGUAAAGGUGACAUCAAAGAAGAAAUUGAGCUAACAAAGGCAGAUAGAAAGAGGAGAAGGGCAAAGAAAAAAAGACAGUUUAAAGCUGAGUCUGUCAAACGGAUGGCAGUAAAGACACAGCUAAGCACAUUGAAGAGACCUGAAGAUGGUAAUUUUGUCAUAUGCAUUUCAUUUUGGCUCUUGAGGUUUUGAUUGCUAAUUCACUAGACCCUUAUGUGUUUUUUUCAGUUUUAUGAAGCCCUGAACUUUUACAUUUUGUUUUAGCAACAUAGACUUUAAAAUUCAGGGCAAGAAACUGAUUUUGCCUUGGUUUUGCUGUUGCAAUUUUGGAUCUUGUAAAGGAAAUCUAAUUGCUGCUGCUGCUUGAAGUUGCAGGGAACGGGGAGUCAUGAUUCAUGAAUGACACUUUGAAAGAAAUGUUUUCUUGCCUUUGCCUGCUGUGACCGUCUUUUGACGCAUGCAAGUGGAAGAAGAAAGAAGUUACCAGUGAAGCCGAGGAAUAUAUAUGCUAAAUCACUAUUGCUGGUGCAUUGAUCUCCGCUUGCCAAAUGUGAGUUUCUUAAAACACAUCCCACCGUUAACGCGAUCCUCCAUUUUUGUCAAUUUAUACGCGAGAAAUAGACGCUCAGAAGAUGAUGGGCUUCUAUGUUGUAACCUUUUUUAUUUUGAAGAUUGCUAUGUUGUAACCUGAUCAUGGAGUUAUGAAUGAUAUACAAGUAAAAUUAAUGGAUUAUUACUAAUUUCAGUCGA